UUUUGGCAGCGCAAACCCCGGAGCAUGUUUGGCAAUUGGCAUCACAUAGCAGGUUUAUCCAUACCUAAUGACUCUCUAUUAUUUGCUACUUGUGAUUCUAGGCUACUCUUAUAUAUAAACUUUGUUCAUUUCUUCUCUUCUGCCACUGCACACCCUUCAGUUUUUCCCCUCUUGUCACAAUACCAACAAAAGGCUCCUUUGCUUUUCAUUCAAUGCAAAACUGAAACCUGGAAGCAGCAAUGCCUCUGUUGAGCCUUCUUCAAAUUCACAUUAAUGAUGAACACGCUUUCUUUGUUAACGAGGAUAUUUUAUCAGCUUACUCAGGAAGGUUGAAGAAGAUCAUUAAGAAACAAAAGAGAAGAACCCAGAUUGAAAAUUCCGUUAUAGAGCUCAAUGACUUUCCUGGAGGUCCAGAUGGAUUUGAGCAGGUUUCAAGAUUCUGUUACUGCAAUGGUAGAGUUGAAAUCACAGUUUCUAAUGUGUCACUGCUUUAUUGUUGUGCAUUCUUUCUUGGUAUGACUGAGAAAACCUCAACUAACAAUCUCUUGAGACAAACAGAAAGGUUUCUUGAAGGAAUGUUUUAUUGGUCCUGGAAUGAUAUACUUGUAAGUCUAAGGAGCUGUGAGUCAUUCUUUUCAUAUGCAGAUUCAUAUGGACUUAUCCAAAAGCACAUUUUUGCACUGUUAGCGAAGAUUGCUCAGAAUUCAGAUACGAACUUCAUCACUUCUUCUUCUUCAUCUUCACCUUCUCCUGAAACAAGUUAUGGCCUCAGAUUCUCUUCCGCAUCCAAAGCCACCCCUCAGUCGACCAGUCCAUGCAAUAAAUCGAGCAAGGCUUGGUGGUUCGAUGACUUGGCUAAACUAAGUCCAAAGGUUGUUGAAAAAAUCAUAAAGAAUUUGGGAGCUUAUGGGAACCAAAACAACAGUCUUACACUCACAAGGUUCCUUCUCCAUUACCUGAAAAGUAGACCCCAGGGUUCACCAAAAUCAAAAUCUGAAUAUAGUGGUCUGGCCGACACAGCUGUUCAAGGGGUCAUCCUGGUGGGAAAAACUAAAUUUUCUUGCAGAAAACUGUUUUGGGUUUUGAGAGUGGUAUCUGCUUUUAGCCUCAGCAAAGACUACAGGGUUGGCUUGGAGAGAUUGAUUGGUGAGAAUCUUGAUGAAGCAACUGUCGAUGACUUAUUGGUAUCAGGACAUAACAAGGGUGUUUAUGACGUUAAUCUUGUAAUAAGAUUGGUAAGAGUAUUUGUCAACGGUGAAGGGGUGUCUUUACAGAAGAUGAAGAAGCUGGGAAGAUUAAUUGAUGAGUACUUAAGAGAAAUAUCUCCUGAUCCGAACCUGAACAUCUCUAAGUUUCUUGGAGUUGCCGAGAGUUUGCCGGAUUCUGCCAGAGAUUGCUUUGAUGGGAUCUAUAGAGCUAUUGAUAUCUAUCUUCAGUCCCAUCCUAGUCUUUGUUUCGAGGAGCGAUCAAGGCUAUGUAGAUGCCUCAACUACGAAAAGCUUACAUUCGAAGCAAGCAAAGACCUUGCCAAGAAUCCUAGAAUCCCACCAAAUGUUGCUGUUCAAGCACUCAGGUCACAGCAAUCCAAAGUACCUCAAAAUGAGUUCGUACAUGAGAGUCCCAGCAAAAGCAAUUGUUCAAAAAUAAUCCUGUUCAAUGACAGCAUAGAGUCAUCAGAGGAGAGUUCAUCACAAGGGACUGAAGAUAUGAAACUCAAUCUGCAGAAGAUGCAAUGGAGAGUGGUGGAGUUGGAGAAAGCAUGCCGGGAAAUGAAGGGUCAGAUGUUAAGGCUGGUAAGGCCGAAUACUGCCAUUACCCCUUGUUACAGCAGAACUUUGCCAAGAUAUUGUUGAAAACUCUUGAGUGUUCUUACUGAAAAGAAAAGUGAUUCGUUUUUUGAUAGGUUUGGCAAGGGGAGAUUCACACUUUUUUUCUCUUUUUGGUUGAGAAAAUGUAUGGUUACUUGAUCAUAUUGAAAAGUAACUUCCAAAGUAAAUGAUUACAUAUUGUUAGUGUUUUUUAUA